CCGCUCACUACCUUCAACCUUAUUAUCGUCUUUCACUUCUCGAAUUCUGCAUCACCUCUUUCACAAUGACUGAAUGCUACCUAUACAAACUCCCAAAUGAGCUCCUCCUCCACAUCCUCACGCCUCUACCUACCCCUCAACUUCUCCCCUUAACCGUGCUUUCUCACCGUAUAUACACCCUUAUUCUGCGCAUCCUACACAACCGGCUCGUUGCAGCAUCCGAGUUGAAUUCGCAUUCGCUCCUACUGGAAUGCUACCACCCCUCAGCAAAGCUCACCGAGCCGCCAUACUUCUGUACAUACCACGGCACUGAUGGCCUCACAACAUACAAGCCUCCGUAUGAGAACGAUGCGAACCUUGCUGGACGUCUUGGCGAGAUGCGCAACAUGUACUCGCGCUUCCGGCCUCAUCGUCGCGACCUUGAGCUGGGAGGGAGACGGGUGCGUUGGCCGCCUGGGGAUGUCCCCGGAAGCCGGACUUUUCCGGGUACUGCGUCAGAUAGGUUUGAAGGCGAAACCGUGAAGCAGAUAUUGAGUCUGGAAGGACAUGAAUUGUUCACACAAUUGGUUGCUCAGACCAAUCUAGUGAAGAUUGGGCCGCGAAAUGGGUUGUUUACUUGUUUUGUGGCUGUAGAUGAAGGUGUUGUGAGAGUUUGGAGGGAGUGGCUUGGAGAUAUGGCCGCGAAGAGGGAGAGUGGGGUUCCAGGGGCGGAAGACGUCGUUGAGGAAGGGGAGAAAGGAAAGGGUGCUAUUCGCGAUAUCCCAGAUGCUGGAAAGAGUGCAAUUGAUGAGAGAAUCCUAUGGAUCACUGCUGCUAAUAAUACAGGACUGAGAUUCAGUAUCAAGGAAAGGAGGCUGAGAAGAGAUGCACCUAUCCUUAUCAGAGCCGACGAAGAUAUACCUGUGAGCUAUGAAAUCGAGUACAAUGAACUCCUCGUUCGCACAUCACAUCUUCUACUCAUGCUAGAAAAGUCCCUGGUGCAAGAGGAUAACUCCUCUGGUAAAGCCGUAGUCUUUGGCUCUUUUGGAUGAGG